GCUCCCCACGUGGGCAGAAAAGGGGCCUGGCCCCAGGGAAACAUGCAGAAAGCACAAAUUUGAAAGUUGAAGGCCUUUAAUAUCAGAUCCAGCCUGGGGCCUGCAGGUCUGUCCAGCAUCAGGACCACAGCCACUGGGACCUGAGGCACGUGAGGCGUGUGUGGGCACAGCAGGUGGAACCCUGGCCUUGUGUGAGGUGAGGCUUGGUUGCUAGGUGACUCCCAGGGCAGGCAGCCACCUGCUGCCUGCAGGCCUGUGCUCACCAGUUCACCCUCCUCCCCCUCACUCGCCGCCAUGGCUCGGCAGCUCAACAUGGACACGCUGCGGCAGGACUUUUGGAAGGAGGAUUACCUGAGGGAGAAAAUGCUGCGUUGCGAAUGGUACCGCAAGUACGGCUCGCUGGUGAAGGCCAAGCAGAAGGCCAAGGCCGCAGCUCGGCUGCCCCUCAAACUGCCCACUCUCUACCCCAAGGCCCCACUUUCCCCGCCGCCUGCCCCCAAGGCAGUCCCUGUCACGGCCCCCAGCCUUGUCACAGAGGCGCCUCUGCAGUCAGAGAUGUACCCGGUGCUGCCCGCCACCCGGGCCCUGCUGUAUGAGGGCAUCUCCCACGACUUCCAAGGGCGCCACCGCUACCUCAGCACCCGGAAGCUGGACUUGCCAGAAACACGCUACCUCUUCCCCAUCACCACCAACUUCACCUACGGCUGGCAGCUGGGUCCCCCAGCCAAGCAAGAGCUGGUCUCCUGCAAAAUGUGCCGCAUCGAGUCAUUCUUCCGCAAGAAUGGGGCCUUUGCACUGCUUGACCCGCGGGACCUGGCCCUCUGACCUUGUGCCAGACACCGGGUCUUAGGACAAGGGAGAAGGAAUAAGAGUCUCCAGCUGGCGAAGCUCCCACACGUCUGAGUCUCCCUGGCUUGGGGAAGGGAGUCUAGGAGAAGGGAGGCUGCCUUUGAGCCUUUUGGAAGUCACCUCUAACCUGUAGGCUGCUGUUUU